AGCAGCUUUUGGUUUUCUCCUUUCUCUCUCCCUACGGAUGAACCUUCGAUGAUCAAUUUCAUUCCACCUCUUCCUUCUUCCUCGGUUGAUUUCUCCUCCACGAUUCAUCACAAUCACUCCGUUGAUCUCCUCCACGAUCGAAGACUACGGCUCUCUCUCUCCAUGGAUGUGAUUGACGAAGAAUCAAGCCUGUUCUCGAUCGAAAACUCAGACUCUCUCUCUCGGUGGCUCUCUAGUCGACAGGAAAAACGAGGAUGUCUUUUUCGGUGGCUCUCCCCCACGAAGAAUCACGCCAUCUCUCUCUCGGCGACUCUGAUUGAGGGAGAAUCACUCCGCGAUUCAUUUCUUCCUCGGUUGAUUUCUCCUCCACGAUUCAUCACAAUCACUCCGCCUCUAAAGCUAAGUUAUUUUGUUUCUAUGUUUGAAUCCUUCAAUUCAUGCAUGCCUUAGCUUUGUUUGUUGUGUUGCAUGUUGAGUUCUGUUGGUUUGUGUCUCAAAGAUUAAGCAUACCGAAUUUUAAAAUUUUCCAUUUUGUUGAUAGAGAUUCCUAACACUCACCUAUAACAUGUUUUUCUCCAGGUAUAGUAAUAAUCCUGAGCUUCAGAACGAGGCAAAGAAAAAGCACUAUUGGCAUAUCAAUAGCAGCUGUCGCAGUUCUCUUGCUGCUAGCUGGAGGAGGUCUUGUUCUACUCUGUGUUCUCAAGAAGAAGAAAAGUGCUGAUAAAGGAUAUAUAUAUGUCUUGAUUGUUAUCAGGUUUUCUCGAAGUGGAGGGUUGUUGUCUUACUCAUGUUUCUUUCAGGUAAUUCCACGGGGACUAAGAAAAAAGGUUUGGCAACUUAUUCAGCUGUGAGGGGUGGACAUUUGUUAGAUGAAGGUGUAGCAUAUUUCAUAUCCCUUUCAUAUCCCUUCCUAUCCUUGAAGGGGUCACUGAUAAUUUCUCCAAGAGAGCUGGAAAAGGAAGCUUUGGGUCUGUUUACUGUGGUAGGAUGAAAGAUGGGAAAGAAGUUGCACAAGAUUCUGCCAAAGGUUUUGGAGUAAGAAUUAACUUUGUGUUUUAUAACACUCGUUGAUCCUCGUCCUCUGUGUCAUGGAGGAGCCUUGUGAGACACUCAACAAUAGUGAAGCCUUUCACAUGUCUAGAUAUCAUAGCUAUAACAAUCACAGCCCCAGAAUCUCCUCCCCCUGGUUGGAUCUGAGAGUGUUCUACGUCAGGAUAAGCAACUUCACGGUUGAAGAUUCAACCCCUGAGGCCCUCACCAUCAAUCACAUUCCUCUGGAUCCAGACACGCUUCUGGAGAUAAACGGUGUUAGGAUGAGCAUGUACUCGGAAGGGUGUUCUUCACAGCUUAGGAGGGAUCGUGUUGAUAAGAAAUCUGAAGAAGCUACUUACGUUAGCACAGACAAUAUCAGGUUAAAUGGUAGUGUAAAGUUUGAGGUUUAUGACAAGAAAGAGCUAGUUUUGUCUGGAACUCUUGAGAUGUCUGAUGGUAAUGGGUUCACGGGGGAGUCGAAGAAGCAGUGGAACAUGACUUGUGAAGCUGGGCUCACUGCAGGGUCUGGUUUCUUAAAGGAGAAGAGUAGAAAUGGUCAAGAGUUAUUGCCUGCUUUGCCAACUAUAGAGGUCUAUGUCACUGGCUGCUUCUCAGGAACACCCAUCAUCUUAACCAAGACUCUGCAGCUUGGUUUGAGAAAGAAGCAAAGUAGAAGAAUGGUAUUGGAUUCAAUUCCUGAGUAUGAAACUGCAGCAGAGCCUCAGAAAGACAUGUCCUCUGAGCUUGAUCAGGCAACAGAAUACGCUAAUUACAAAGAGGAAUAUGAGGGAGACAUGUAUUGGAGAAGUGAAUGUUUAGAUGGAGAGAUGUCAUGGUUCAAUGCAGGUGUAAGGGUUGGUGUUGGGAUUGGACUUGGCGUCUGUGUUGGUCUUGGCAUUGGUGUCGGUCUUCUCGUACGUACUUAUCAAUCAACUACCAGAAACUUCAGGAGGAGGCUUCUCUAGUUGAAAUAAUAUAAGUACAUUUGCAGAUUUUUUCCUAGAAAUUUUGAAGAAUCGUUUUUAAAUGUUUGUUUUUCGGUGUGAUUGUGAUUAGAGACUUAGUGUGGGAUUGUUGGUAUCUGUUUUGAUGUAAAUAAGUGAUUGAGAGUUAUAAAAAAAGCUUUUGUA